AUGGAGAUCUUCCUUGAUCCUGUGAAGGUGAACCAUAACCUUUCUCUUAAAAAAUGGUUGGGGAUACUUCUUGGUUUCUAUGGGUUCCUAAGCAAGUUAUUAGCUCUAAGUAAUUUGAUGAGUGAAAGGAACUGGAGAGGUGGUCGGCGGCGGCGGCGGCAGCCAUCGGCAUCCCGGCCGGUUUGCCUUCCUCAGCUUGCAUCCCCCGCUCUGGCGCUGAAGAGCAAGCCAAGUCCGACGAGGUCCGGUGGUGGUGGCGUACUGGCAUACAUCACGCCAGGGCUCAUAAUGGAUAACAUAGGUGAAGAUGAACAUGAGGAAGAAUUGGACUUCCAUCUUGGGGCUGCUGAUGAUAGCAGUUCGGAUGAUGAAAACACGUUGUCGAAUUCAAGUUUAUCAUCAAUGGGAAAGGAUAUUGGUGGUGAUGCACAAAGAGAUGCACCGGGAGAUGGCAACUGUGCUUAUGAACAGGAUAUAUUUACGAGAAUGGCAGCUGGUGCAGAGAUGAACAAUACAUUGGAUGAGUACUGGGACAUAGUCAAAAAGACCUUUGCAACUGAAGGGGAGGCAUACAUUUUCUACAACAAGUAUGUGAGGGACAAGGGUUUCAGUGUCAGAAAGCAGAAGGUGAGGCGUGCCAAGCACUCUGGACAACUAUUGUUCUUGCGGUUCUUGUGUUCUCGAGAAGGCGAGCGAGAAACAAAAUGGCCAGAGAAGGAGGAUUUAAGUCGUAGACCAAGACCUCUAACUCGAUGUGUUUGUCAAGCAAAACUGGAUAUUAGACUGGAUCGAACCCGUGGUGUAAGGUAUACCAAAGGCCUUAACCCUGCCUAUAUUGAAACCAAAAGCGUAACUGCUGGGAUUGCCAGCUUACAGUAUAGCGUUCAGACAGCAUAA